CAUCGGUUGAUUAGUAUCAGGGAGUUGGGCGCCUCAGAUUGACACAAUUUAUCGCACAGAGAGCCACUCUGCUUCAACCCACUGCAUUCAAAAUCUUUACCACUUGGGAAACCAACAUGAAAUUCAUCUUCCUAAUUCCCAUCAUCCUCGGCCUGGCUGUCGCUGGGCCAAUGUCACCACUUGACCACGACGGAAAUGUACUGGAGCGCCAAUUGCCAGACCCGGGAAAGGCAUGCACUCCUGAGCAAGAGAAAAUUUGUGCUGCGAAUGGAUGUGGUUGUUGGAUCCACGGAAAUCUCAUAUGUAUCAACGUAAGUACAAUUUCUUCUGCCGUCGUGCGCGGCUCUGUCACCGACCGAUGGAUGAUAUUGACAUAUCUUGCAGUGUUAGGGGGGAUAACCCUGACUGUGAGGCAACUUAUGGCACUCUUGCAAGGGUUCUUAUCUGCUUUAUUUCACCCGACUUGAGGGCUUGGGGUUAGGAUUCUAGACGGUUCCGGUCAAUCGGUCCCACGUGCUGUAGUAUGAUACAAGGGCUUCAAAGCACGUCAACCAGUGAAUCAACAUGAUGCA